CCCGCCCUCAAUGUCCCCGCCCCCUCAGAAGCAUCCACAUCCGGCGCAGACCGGCUGCUCCGAGCGGGCCACUAUGGCGCUAUGCGAGCGGGCCGCCAGCGGGAGCUCUCUGCUGUGGCCUCGGGUGGUGCUUUUUGGGGACUCCAUCACGCAGUUUUCUUUCCAGCCAGGUGGAUGGGGCGCAUUGCUGGCUGACCGACUUGUCAGAAAAUGUGACGUUCUGAAUCGUGGAUUUUCAGGUUACAAUACCAGAUGGGCCAAGAUUAUCCUCCCAAGAUUAAUUAGUAAAGGGAGCGGCAUGGAAAACCCAGUAGCAGUUACAGUUUUCUUCGGUGCCAAUGACGCCACACUCAAAGAUGAGAACCCCAAGCAGCAUGUCCCCUUGGAUGAGUACAGUGCAAAUCUGAGGGCCAUGGUGCAGUACCUGAGGUCUGUGGACAUCCUGGAGGAGCGAGUCAUUCUCAUCACCCCACCCCCGCUGGGCGAAGCAGCCUGGGAGAAAGAAUGUAUCCUGAAAGGCUGCAAAUUAAAUCGCCUGAACUCCAUCGUCGGUGAAUAUGCUAAUGCGUGUCUGCAAGUAGCCAGAGACUGUGGGACUAAUGUCCUUGACCUGUGGACCCUGAUGCAGAAGGACAACCAGGACUUCUCAUCCUACUUAUCAGAUGGCCUGCAUUUAUCACCAAAGGGAAACGAGUUUCUGUUCUCCAACCUCUGGCCACUGCUGGACAAGAAGGUCUCCUCUCUGCCAUGGCUGCUUCCUUACUGGAACGAUGUGGAAGAAGCAAAGCCUGAGCGGAGUCUGCUGGGAGACGGAGACCAUUAGUCAUCCUGGGAAGCCUUCCCAAGUAGGGAAGCCUUCCCAUGGGUGCCACCUCCAGUUGGUAAUUCACAAACAUUCCAAGAAUCACUGUUCAUGUACAUAACCUCAAGAAGUUGAUUAAACAUUUUUCAAGAUUAA